UUACGCUCUUCCUCUCCUCUACUAAUGCAUGCAUAUCUCUCUUUCUCUCUCUCUACUGCAAUUAGGAAACCAUUAAUAAUCAAAUGACUCUUAAUGCCUUUUAUUCCUCUCUCCUUACUUCUCUUAACGACAACAAGCAAAACCCGUUCUCUUGUUCAAUUUAAACUCAUCAAUACCCAUAAAUUGAUCUGCUUCUCCUCGCUCUCUCAUUGCUACGAUUCACCGACCGCAUCUAACCUGAACCCAGUCUUUCGCCUCUUACAAAAGUGCUCCAAAUUCUCAGAACUGAAACAAAUUCAUUCCCAUGCAAUCACCCAUGGACUUUCCCAUCACAUCUCUCUUCUACACUGGCUCAUCCGGUUUUGCGUCAUUUCUCGACCUCCGAACCUUAAUUGUGCAAGAACCAUAUUUGAUGUUUGUAAUAGUCAAUCCAUAAUCCUCUACAACACCAUGAUCCAAGCUUAUUCAAAGAGCCACAUUCCAAAAAAAUCUCUCUCUAUCUUCCGCUCUAUUCUCCAUAAAGGAAUCUCCCCCGAUAAAUACACCUUCACAUUUGUCAUUGCAGCCUGUUCUAGGCUGGCAUCACCUGAAGAAGGGGAGGCUUGUUUCUCGUUGGUACUAAAUAAAAUAUGGGCCCGAAUCGAACUCUCAUGUUAAGAAUUCUUUGGUGGGUUUCUUUACCAAUUUGAAUAGAAUGUCAGUUGCUCACCAGCUAUUUCAUGAAAUUUUAGAGAGAGAUGUGGUUUUGUGGACGACAAUGGUGAAUGGGUAUGCAAAAUCUGGUGACCUUUCUGCUGCACGCCAAAUGUUCGAUAAGAUGCCUGAAAGAAGUGAUGUUUCUUGGGGCGUAAUGAUCUCAGCUUGUGUUAGGAGUGAGAAAUAUAAAGAUGCCUUAGAGCUCUUCUCUAUUAUGCAAAAUGCUCUUGUGAAACCUAAUGAAUUGGCCCUGGUGUGUUCCCUUUCAGCUUGUUCGAAUUUGGGUGCAUUUGACCAAGGCAAAUGGAUCCAUAUUUAUAUCAAAAAAUCCGGAACCCCAUUAACUUAUAGCUUGGGCACAACAGUAAUUGAUAUGUAUUCAAAGUGUGGGAGUAUUGAUAAUGCGCUUAAGGUGUUUAAUAGGAUUAUGCAUGGUAAAGAUUUGAUGGCUUGGACUAGUAUGAUAUCAGGGUUGGCCAUGCAUGGAAAUGGCUUAGAGGCCAUUGAGCUUUUCAAUAGGAUGUUAAGAGAGGGGAUUAAGCCAGAUAGCAUAGCAUUCAUAGGCGUUCUUAAUGCAUGUACCCAUUCGGGAUUGGUAAAUGAAGGCCGUCGGAUCUUCCAAGAGAUAGGUGUUAUUCCUGGGAUCAAGCACUAUGGGUGCAUGAUUGAUCUUUUGGGGCGAACCGGUAGGUUAGAAGAGGUGUGGGAUUUCGUUGAAGGCAUGGCCAUAGAGCCUGAUAGUGCUAUAUGGAGGGCCUUGCUCAGUGCCUGUAGAAUCCAUGGAAAUAUUGAACUAGGUGAGAGAAUCAUCGACUACGUUGUAGAAGUGGAGCCUAAGCAUGGUGGGGGGCUUGUGCUUCUCUCUAACAUUUAUGCUUCUAACAAUAGGUGGGAUGGAGUGGGUAGAGUGAGGAGGGUAAUGAAACAAAGAAGGGUUGAGUCAGUUCCUGGGUGGAGCUCAAUUGAAGUUGGUGGUGUAAUUCAUGAGUUUCUUGCGGGGGAUAAGUCACAUUCUCUCACCGAGUUAUAUGCCAUGCUGGAUGAAAUUAUGAAGCAAGUGAAGAAGAAAGGGUAUGUUCCAAAUGGUAUGCCUGUUUUAUUUGAUAUUGUUGAGGAGGAAAGGGAGCAAUCGCUGUAUUACCACAGAGAGAAGUUGGCGAUUGCUUUUGGGUUGAUGACCACAAAAAAUGGGACCCCAAUUCGUGUUGUGAAAAAUCUGAGGAUAUGUGAUGAUUGCCACAGGGUGGUGAACUUGGUGUCUCAAGUGUAUGGUAGAGAAAUAAUUGUUAGGGAUAGGUCUCGUUUUCACCAUAUCAAACAUGGUAAUUGUUCAUGCAACGACUAUUGGUGAUCUUCCAUCAAAUACAACACCUACGAAAGGAUUGAAAA